AUGGAAUUCCCAGUGAAAGUGAUGUGUUUCAUUUUCUUCACAGCAACAUGUUUACCUUCGGUCGUGGGAGCUCGCACCAUUCUUGAUUUUCCAACGCUGCCUCCUCUCCCAACUCUUCCUUCCAAUCUUCCACCUCUUCCCACUCUUCCCACUCUUCCCCCUCUUCCCCCUCGUCCUUCUUACAAUCCAAAGCUUCCCACCCUUCCCCCUCGUCCUUCGUACAUUCCAAAGCUUCCCACCCUUCCACCUCGUCCCUCUUUUCUUCCCAAAAUCCCAAAGCUUCCUCGUUUUGCCCAUCUUCCUCCCCCUCUUCCUAAAUCACCAUCUCCACCUCCAACUUCUUCUCUUCCUUCGAUUUCCCCUUCUGGAGCUCCUGCAGCUUCCCCAACUUCUACUCCUGCUCCUCCUUCUCCAUCACCAUCUCCAAAUCCUUGA